GUGGUAGGCGAAAGAAAAGGGAAAGAAAGAAAAGGAGAGAGAAAACAGGUUGAAAGAAAGAUUUUGGUAAAUGAAGUUGACUCUCUAUCGACCAAUCUCACACUAUACACAAAAAUUGACUGCAUUCUUCUAAAGAAAGCCCAAAAUUAUUACACCAUUUUACAGCGCCCGUCUCAUCUCAGCUCAGCUGAUCAGACAGCGAUACAACCGGCGUCCCUUGCAAUCCCAGCAAACAAAAUCCAAGGUCUGGUGUAUGAAGUAGACUUCCUAUCCAACUGGUUUAAGCUUCAAAUACCCACCUUUUUUUUUACUUCAAUAAGCAAUAAUCUGAUGAGAUUUAGUUGAUUCUUUAGUUUCUUCUGUAACCCCAGAAGUUUGAUUUUGUUUUGCUUUGUUGAGGAGAGAUAAAAGGAUGGAGAUUUGGAAGUGGGCUUUGUUUCUGGUUGCUGUAAUUUUAUUGGGAGAGAUGGGAAUUGAUGCGAAGAAGAUGUCUCAGCUUCACCCAACUGAGCGCAUUUCAGGUAGUGCUGGUGAUGUCCUGGACGAUGAUCCCGUUGGAAGACUGAAGGUUUUUGUAUAUGAGCUUCCAAGCAAAUACAAUAAAAAGAUUUUACAGAAGGAUCCAAGAUGUCUUACUCACAUGUUUGCAGCAGAGAUAUUUAUGCACCGUUUUCUUCUUUCUAGCCCAGUCAGAACCCUUAAUCCUGAAGAAGCUGAUUGGUUUUACACCCCAGUGUAUAGCACUUGUGACUUGACACCAAAUGGCCUUCCGUUGCCGUUUAAAUCUCCACGCAUGAUGAGAAGUGCUAUACAGCUCAUUUCAUCAAACUGGCCUUAUUGGAAUAGGACAGAAGGAGCAGAUCAUUUUUUUGUGGUACCGCAUGACUUUGGUGCUUGCUUCCAUUACCAGGAAGAAAAAGCAAUUGAGAGAGGCAUUCUUCCGUUGCUCCAACGUGCUACAUUAGUUCAGACUUUUGGCCAGCGAAAUCACGUUUGCCUGAAGGAGGGUGCAAUCACCAUUCCACCAUAUGCUCCUCCACAGAAAAUGCAAGCUCAUUUGAUCCCUCCAGACACACCUCGCUCCAUCUUUGUUUACUUCCGAGGACUGUUUUAUGAUGUAGGGAAUGACCCCGAAGGAGGUUACUAUGCAAGAGGUGCAAGAGCGGCUGUUUGGGAAAACUUCAAGGACAAUCCACUUUUCGACAUCUCAACAGAGCAUCCAACAACAUACUAUGAGGAUAUGCAAAGAGCUGUUUUUUGCCUGUGCCCUCUUGGCUGGGCACCUUGGAGUCCAAGAUUGGUUGAAGCUGUUAUCUUUGGGUGCAUUCCUGUUAUUAUAGCAGAUGAUAUAGUUCUUCCAUUUGCAGAUGCCAUUCCAUGGGAAGAACUUGGGCUGUUUGUUGAUGAAAAGGAUGUGCCAAAUUUGGAUACAAUACUUACUUCAAUACCUCCUGAAGUUAUCUUGAGGAAACAGAGAUUACUUGCUAACCCUUCAGUUAAACAAGCUAUGCUGUUCCCUACGCCUGCUCAACCUGGUGAUUCUUUUCAUCAAAUUCUGAAUGGGCUUGCGCGUAAAUUGCCACACGGCCGAAGUGUGCACUUAAAACCCGGGGAGAAGGUCCUGAAUUGGACUGCAGGACCUGUAGGUGACCUUAAGCCUUGGUAGAAGCGAUUUCAGGCGGCUCAACAUUUUUCCCCGUGAAGAUUUGAUGCUUCUAGCAGUGGACAUUUGUUUGCUGUUGUAAAUGAAAAUAUCCCAUUCAUUUAGUGUAAAAUUCUUAACAUCUUUUUUGCCAAUAUGUAGUGUAAUUUUGCAGAACCCAAUGAUUUUAAGCUUCUUGAUGCUUUAUUUAGCACAUCCCCACCCCCCUCUAAAGGAAAUUGAUGUGAAUCUUCUCAAGCUCCAAUUGUAUAAUUUUGGUGCAGUAGUGUGAUCUGAUAUGAUGUGUAACGUUUUUACGCUUAAUAGCCUCUUUGUUGCCCCAUUAAUCUGGGUUUGUUAGAUAAGA